AUCACUGCGCAUUAAAGUCCGACAACCUCUGUUAAUUCUGCUCAGAGGAAGCGGCUUAUAUCGAUCGUGGGUUAACAGACCUGGAACCUCACUGUGCGCUUACUCCAGCCAUAGGUUCUGCAAAGGAAGUACUUUUGCACGAUCUUCUUGAAUCUCAGUUGAUCCCGACCAAUGCCUCUUGAAGAUGUUUUUUGUUUGACCCAUUCCCCUCCAUUACAAGUCUGCCAUGUCAAUGUCUCAGAAGCGCCCACUCCCUCAGGAUACCGAAGAAGACAGUGAUGCGGACCAAGUCUUCAGAUCUUCGCCGAUCCAAGACCGGUCGUCGACAUUCGUCGCGCAUUUUCAUCCGCUAAGUCACGCAAACACCACUCAUGGCGGUAAGCCUGUCCCUCUAACGUCGACCGUCAAAUCAUUCCAAUCACACCCGGACUUUGUGUCGGCGGACCAUCGAAUGGUCGCAUGGCGCCGACCGUCUACGCAGCGAACAUUAGCACCCUCGACUGUGGUCGGUGUCAGCCAUGCGAUCUACACGACCGGUUCGGAUGAUGAUGGCGAAAAGUACGCGGGCAAGAAACUUGAGCGAGUCCUGAUUGACCUGGACGUCGAGGGCACGGUGGUCGUUGCGCGAUGGUACGGCGGCAUUAGGCUCGGGCCCGUACGCUUCACGCAUAUUGAGACUGUCGCGAGGGAGGCCAUUAUGAUGUGGAAAGCGCAACAUCAUCAUGACAGUGCCAAGAGACAGAAAGUGCAACAGGAGGUGGCGGACGAGGCAACCCGUGCACGACUAGUAAGGGUGCUGGGCGAGAGGGACAACAGUAUCGUGGUAUUAAGGGGUUUGCUUGCAGAGAAGACGGGUACUGCUACAGCGAAGUCUGCUGAUGCUCCGAGUCAGACGCAGACACCGACUCCAACAAUCACGAGUUCUUCCACGACUAAAAAGAUUGACUACAGUGUAAUGCCGCUGCAGACACUGCGCCAGCUGGAGAAAGCGCGAGACGCAACCAUUGCCUUCAUUCUCAAACAGAUUGACAAAGCUGAAGAUGAGGAAAAGAAGCGAAAAAGUGCGCAGGAAGCAGCGGCUGUCACCGAUGGCGACACGGAAGAUGGCAAUGCUGUCACUGCCCCUAAAGAGUGAACUGGAUCGCAAAAGGCCAACAUCAACGACAAUUCUUCAGGUGGUGUAGACUCAAGGUCGGGCAAGUCAUGCUUCAUUUCGAUUCUGCCGGUGGCCUCUUUUCCAAGUCGAACAUUUAUCGGCCACCGCAAGAUGAAGAUUGCUUCCCACUCGACAGAUGUCCCCAUGUUCGUAC